UGUUUAUUUUCUCUCUUCGGGCUCUUUUUGUUCUUUAUUCUCCGGAUUCCUCUUUGGGAGACGCACCGACAGCAUGUCCGGCUUCGACAGUAACCCGUUCGGAAACCCAGUAGACGUGAACCCUUUCCAGGAUCCCUCUGUCACAGAAGUGACCCACUCUGGAGUGGAUCAUAUGGACCAGUACACCCCCUUUCCAGCCAGUGACACUGGAAAUUUGACCGGCUCUACUAUUCCUGCCUCUGCUGUUCCCUCACAGCCAGCCGUGCUGCAGCCUUCUGUGGAGCCAAGCCCUCAGGCAACUGCUGCUGCAGCCCAGGCGAACCUGCUGAGACAGCAAGAGGAGCUGGAGAGAAAAGCAGCUGAGCUGGACCGCAGGGAGCAAGAGCUGCAGAAUAGAGACAGAACUACAGGCAAGGAAAACAACUGGCCCCCAUUACCCAGGAGCUUCCCCAUAAAGCCAUGCUUUUACCAGGACUUCUCAGAGGAAAUUCCUCCAGAGCAUCAAAGGAUCUGCAAAAUGUUGUAUUACCUGUGGAUGUUGUACUGCGUGACUCUGUUUCUCAACGUGCUCGCAUGUCUGGCCUUUUUCACUGCCGACGCGGGUUAUGGAGUGGACUUUGGCCUUUCCAUUUUAUGGUUCAUCCUCUUCACUCCAUGCUCCUUCCUGUGUUGGUUCAGGCCUGUCUACAAGGCUUUCAGGACGGAUAGCUCCAUCAAUUUCUUUUUUUUCUUUUUUAUCUUCUUUGCCCAAGUGGUGGUGACCGUCAUUCAGAGCGUCGGCAUACCCAAAUGGGGGAACAGCGGUUGGAUUUCGGCCAUCUCUGUGGUUCGCUCAAACCUAGCUGUGAGUGUUGUAAUGAUGGUGGUUGCAGCGUUCUUCACUGUGUGUGCCGCAAUGUCCAUCGUCCUACUUAAAAUGGUUCACUCUCACUAUCGCCGCACCGGGGCCAGCUUUGAGAAAGCCCAGCAGGAGUUCUCUCAGGGCGUCCUCACCAACCGCACCUUCCAGAGCGCUGCUGCCAGCGCCGCCGCCUCCGCAGCUCAGGGCGCCGCUCAGAGGAACUAGACCAACCCAGAACACCUAGAAACGCUUCUCAGUGGGCCUGGGACCCCCAACUCUGCCAGCCCCCAUUAACCCAAAGCUGCUGUGUGGUAUCUUGUGUGGAUCUCCAUGUUGCUUUGGUGUUUGGAUGGCAGAAGCACUACUUUUGGAAUUCACAUAUUUCUUUAUGUGAAACUGAGGGUAUAAGGUUAAAUGCUCAGUGCAGUGUCUGUAUAUUUGUACGUAUGCUUUGUGUUUGUGUGCAUUUUUUUUCUCUUUUGGAAAUUUGCUUUUGCUGUAUUUAAACUAAUUUAAGGCUGGCCCACAUCAGUGAAGGUACGUGAGACUUGUCUGUGUCCAUGUAUUAAAGAAUGGCAAUGAACAAAAUUGGACUUUGCCCAAAGUGAUGUCCACUCAACUUGAAGGCUAGGUUUGCUUGCAUUUCGCUAUCGCAUGAUCAGGCUUUACGCUCCACUUAGUUUACAACUACAAAUGAUGUGCCUUAUGAUUUCAAACAUGUCUUAUUGUAUUCCAUCAGUUUGAUCUUCUUGCUAGUGUGCCAUACAUACAUCAGUUGAAGGGCAUCUAAACAUGGCUGUAUUAAGAGAUAAGAUAAUCCUUUUUAUUAGUCCCACAGUGGGGAAAAAGUGACAAUUCUUAGGGGUGUUACUGGUGAGAUUAUAAUGUUUAUUUCAGCCAAACAGCAAGACAGUCAUUCUCUUAUUCCAAUUUCAGCUAUGAAACACUGAUUCCAUAAGUCUUGCUUCUGGUUGAUGAAGGAUAAUUAUCCAAAGCUGCUGUCUGUAACCUCCUGUGGAAAACAGACUAAUAGGAGACUGGGCUCACAUGUAAAAUAUGGUUUAUAAAAUAUUAAUGAUGCAGAAAGUUUCAAAUCUGGCAUCUAAUUUUGCUUAACUGUGACCUUACAGAUUUGAUUAUACUUGUCAGAGAAACAUUAGACUUGGCUUAUUUUAAUUUUCUGUAAGAAAUGAGUAGGUUAGAUUGUUUUGCACCUUAUGGAAGGGAGAAACUAAAUUAAUCAGUAAAAAAAACUUUUUAUAAUGAAAUAAAUCAAUAUAUUUUAAGUGUCAUUAUGAAUUCAUGUAUUUUGUCAUGGAUAUGGAUAUUUUACUGGAUGUAGUGUUUGAGCUAAUUAAACAUUUUGAUUAACUCUU